UUAUGAAGGUGCAAAAGGAAAACCAACAUCAAAAGCUUAUCCAUUGAACAAUUCAGAAGAAUGUAGAGAUGUGAAUCCAAAUAGUUUAAGUCCAUUAAGUCAAUUAAAACCACCUCAAAAAGUUGCUUAUAAAUUUGAUUUAACAGUCGGUUUUAUCAAAACACCAACGACUGGAGAUGUUGGAGCAAUAAAUAACUCAAGCUUUGUGGCUAGCCUUAAUUUUCCGUCAAACCGGAGAAUUAUUAAUGGAGUGGAUCCAUAUACGUUUCCACAAUAUGAAAAUGCUUAUGUAUAUGGCAGCAACACUACAAAUAGUAAUUAUAAAGAUUCAGCUAUUGAUCUUUAUAUAAUUAAUAAAACUCCGCGUUCACAUCCAUUCCAUUUG